GAAAUUCCCCGACAACAAUCUUGCGGGGAGGGUGAAGCGGUCUCCACCGUCAACCAAUCAGUCUCUAUCACAGUCAAUCCAAUCGUAUCUCCAAAUACACUUCCGGUUUCAUCUUUACAGAUAUUGCGAUCAUGCUGCGGACUUCACUGCCGUUCCGCUUGUUGGCGUCCUUCAGCACGCAGUUUAUGCGUUCCACUGUCGUUCCCCGCACCGUCGCCGUACGCCCGUAUCCGUAUCAUCCUUCGCCCACACCUCUGUUGUUUACCGUGGCCGCCGUACUAGCGCUCCGACCCAAAACUACACUGGCGGAUAGUCCGUCGUCGAACGCUGGUGAAGACAAAGGUUGUCCAUUUUAUGGUUGUCCGCUCUAUCCCGUCGACGUGCACUACGGAUCGCCUUCCGUGCAACAAGCUCUCGCCGCUUUGCGCGAGACGCCACGCGAUAAGGUGGGCGACAGUGCUAGCGGGACCGUUGGGAACGAUACACUCGAUGCGGCGGGACGUGACGACGCCGUCACACUCACUCUUAUCGGGUAUAAGGGGGGUGGAUUGUCGGACCAAGUCAAUCAAGACCGGUCCUUCGUGGUGUCGCCCUUUCGGGUGCCCGUGGACGACCCACCACCACCACCCCACGACCAAGGCGUCGCACACCGUAUCCUGGUGGGCGUCUUUGAUGGACACGCCCCGCUGGGCGAAUUGGUUUCCGAAUUCACCGCGCAAGAAUUGCCGAUACGACUCGCACGCAAUCUCCAACAAGCCGAACGCGAACGGACCUCCCACACCGACGACGCCGUACGCAGCGCGACGCAACAAUGUUUGGUCCAAACAUUUCUGGAACUGGAUCGGGACGCUCCCGCACACGAGUCUGGAGGGUGCACGGCUACCGUCGUUCUUUUACAAAACGACGAUAUCUUUGUCGCCAACGCCGGCGACUCGCGUUCCAUGAUUGUCACUUACCGUGCCCGCACGCGGCAAACCCGUGUGGCGUACAUUUCACGCGAAGAUAAACCUAGUUUGCCCGACGAAAGGGCCCGGGUCGAAGCCAUGGGUGGACAAGUCUAUAUUCCCGCGCGAGGGACGUCUCGUGUCGUCUAUCACGAUUCCGUCACCGGUGUACCUACCGGACUCGCCAUGAGUCGAUCGAUUGGGGACUGGGAAGCCGGCAAGCUGGGAGUGAUCGCCGAACCGAUUGUGGAUGUUUUGCAUGUACCGGAUGUGAUAGCCAACGCUAGAAGGAAAGCGACGAAGCCUCCGCAGGCGAAUGACAAUCCUCAGGAAGCUGCGGCAGAAACGGCUGAUUCCGAUGAGGAUGACGUCUACGUCUUUUGCGUUUCGGCUACCGACGGCAUGAUGGACUUUUUGUCCGAAGAUGAUGUCGCCCGGGUGGUCGCCCACGCCUUGUACGAAUCGGAUGGUCCCCAUCCAAUUACAGCGUGUGAACGACUCGUAUAUGCGGCUGCCAAUGCCUGGCAGCAAUCCAAGCAAGGACGGUAUCGGGAUGACAUUGCCAUUGCCAUAUCAACGCUACGGACACCGCUGCUGCAAAAGUUUGGAAUACAUCGCGCGGCAUCGAACGACGAAUUGUAG